AUGUCGCUGAGCAAGACCCUCGAGCUGGAGCACUUUGAGGAACGAGCCAAGGUUCGCCGGGGACGCUCCACCCGGACCAAGAGAGAUGAGUCCACAAGCAGCGCUGGUGGUGGGGGGUCCGGCCCCAGCUCCAGGGGCAGCAGCCUGGUUCCUAGCCCCGCCCACAGCGCCAACUGCAGCUACUACCGGACCCGAACCCUGCAGGCGCUCACCUCGGAGAAAAGGGCCAAAAAGGUCCGGUUCUACCGCAACGGAGACCGGUACUUCAAGGGUCUGGUGUACGCCGUGUCCAGCGAUCGGUUCCGCUCGUACGACGCACUGCUGAUGGAGCUGACGCGCUCAUUGGCCGAUAACCUGCAUUUGCCACAAGGGGUUCGCGCAAUCUACACGAUAGACGGAAGCAAGAAGAUCACCAGUAUGGACGAGCUGGUGGAAGGCGAGUGCUACAUCUGUGCCUCCAACGAGCCGUACCGUAAGGUCGACUACAACAAGAUCUCCGUCCCAAACUGGAAGCCCGGAGCCGCGGCCGGCGCAGCCAGCUCCACCCGCUCCACCACGGUGUCCACCGGUGUGUCAGCGAGCGCCGCCGCCGCCACCGCCACCGUCCCCAGAGAGCGCCCUGAGGGUCGAGAGGGCCGGGAGAGCAAGGACUUCAUCAAGCCCAAGCUGGUGACGGUGAUCCGCAGCGGCGUGAAGCCCCGCAAGGCGGUGAGGGUCCUGCUGAACAAGAAGACGGCCCACUCCUUCGAACAGGUGCUGGCCGACAUCACCGAGGCCAUCAAGCUGGACUCUGGGGCCGUGAAGAGGUUGUACACGCUGGACGGAAAACAGCUGACCUGUCUGCAGGAUUUCUUUGGAGAUGACGACGUGUUCAUGGCGUGCGGCCCGGAGAAGUUCCGUUACGCUCAGGACGACUUUGUGCUCACACACACCACCAAGACGCAGACGUUUGUUAAUGAAUGCCGAGUCAAAGCGUCUCGCCCUGCUGUUCCUCAGAAAGCUGCCCCCCCCAAGACUCCCAGCAGCUCCGGGUUCUCCUCGUCGAGGACCAGAACCAAGUCUCCCGGUUCAGCCAAUGAGCCCUCAGGGAAGUCCUCCAGGUCCAGCCCCUCCCCCACCAGUCCCGGGACUCAGCGCAGCCUCAAGAUCUCUGCUCGUCGAUCGUCCUCCACUGACGUCAACGGAGAGUCCGAGCAGCCGGAGGACGACAUUGUCGAGGUUAACGGGAAUCGAACGGUUUCUUCCUCCAACAUCAACGACAAAUACAAAGUCGGGAAAGUGAUCGGAGAUGGAAACUUCGCUGUGGUGAAGGAUUGUGUGGAGAGGUCGACGGGAAAGGAAUACGCCCUGAAGAUCAUCGACAAGGCUCGAUGCUGUGGGAAGGAGCACCUGAUAGAGAACGAGGUGGCGGUCCUGCGGCGGGUUCGACAUCCGAGCAUCAUCGAGUUGAUCGAGGUGGAGGAAACGCCGUCUCAGCUGUUCCUCGUCAUGGAGCUCGUCAAGGGCGGCGACCUGUUCGACGCCAUCACCUCCUCCACGAAGUACAGCGAGCGGGACGCCAGCGCCAUGGUCUUCAACCUGGCCGGAGCCGUCAAGUACCUGCACCGCAUGAACAUCGUCCACCGCGACAUCAAGCCGGAGAACCUGCUGGUGUGUGAGUAUCCAGACGGCACCAAGUCCCUGAAGCUGGGGGACUUUGGCUUGGCGACGGUGGUGGAGGGGCCGCUCUACACCGUCUGUGGGACGCCGACGUACGUGGCCCCGGAGAUCAUCGCAGAGACCGGUUAUGGUCUCAAAGUCGACAUCUGGGCGGCUGGAGUCAUCACCUACAUCCUGUUGUGUGGGUUCCCUCCAUUCCGAAGUGAGAACAACGUGCAGGAGGAGCUGUUCGAUCAGAUCCUCAGAGGGAAGCUGGAGUUCCCGUCUCCGGACUGGGACGCCAUCAGUCUGCCUGCGAAGAUGCUGAUUAGUCAGAUGCUGCAGGUGAACGUAGACACUCGUUUCACUGCAGAGGAAGUUUUGUUACACUGCUGGGUGACGGACGAAGCUCCGGUCGAUUCCAACGCUGUGAGCAGCACUGAAGACCAGACCAGUGAGGACGCACUGGAACCAGAGCAGGAGUUACCGAUUCUGGAAUCCAAACAAGUUCCUUCACCCAUGGUCUAA